AGAGUAACGCAGGAAGGGUGUCAGGGUCCCGCCCCUUCCCUGGCCAAUCAGAAUAGCCAUCGGAGGCCCCGCCCCCGGCCGGCGCGGCGCUGAGCGGGGCUGGACUGGGCUGAACCCGGUGCUGCGCGGGGCGGCAGCUGCGGCUGAUGGGCCCGGGUCAGUCGCCGCCUUCUAGGGACGGCCGGAAUCCAGCAGCGGAAACGGAGACCUCACGCUGCUGCAGCGCGGCCCAGCAGCACCAGACUAGGCAGAGUCGCCCAGGAUGGUGGAGACCGAAGACCUCACGCAGCUCCGGCUGUACAACCUGGCCCUCCUGAGGCGGCUGCGGGCUGGGCAGGCUGCCAUCCAGCGGUCAGUGGCCCGGGCAGCCUCCCAGUCAAGCAUGGACUCAAGAAGCAACAGCAGUGAGGACUCAGAGACACCAUGGUCCUCGGAAACGUCCCUAGCCUCCUCGAGCACCUCCUGCGCUCAGGACGAGCAGUGCGUGUGGGAGCCCCCAGACACCCACCCCGGUGACCCCUUUAAUACAGCCUGGCUCGGCCCGGUCCACUCCAGGGUGUCCUCUCUGCCUCCUGCCAAGUGCCAAUUCCCCGAGGCCCCAGAGCUGCUGAGGCCUUGCUCGCCACCCUUGCUGGACACCAGUGACCCGCAGGAGCCAUCUGCCGAUCAGGGUGAACCGGGGCCGCAGGAGGCCCAGGCUCCAAAGUCCGUCCUGGCCCAGCAGAGCAGGAUGUGCAAGCCCACAGUGACCUUUAAGGAGUCCACAGUGCCCGAGAGCAGCUGGCGCCUCCGGCCGUACCUGGGCUACGACUGGAUCGCAGGGACCCUGGACAGCAGCUCGCCCAUCAGCAGCAAGCCCGAGGCCUUCUUCUCUGAGCUGCAGGAGUUCCGAGAGGCCCACCGCGCGGAGUGCAUCCACAAUCCCCACGAGCCCCGCCUCCGAGGCCCACAAGAGGGCGAGGACGUGGAGAAGGAUCACAAGUGUGUGUAUUCCUAUCGUGUCAACCGGCGCCUGUUUCUGGAGCCCUCAGACCCCGGCAUCCCCUGCCGCUUGUGUGGGACCCCGAGGGACCAGCAGGGGCCCGAGACCCUGGCAGAACCUGCACAGGUCCAGGUGAGUCUCCCGCUGUCCGUCCUGGAUCCCCCGCACCAGUACUGUGUCCAACGGCGCAAGAGCUUCGACACCUCCGACACGCUGGCCCUGCCCCGGCACUGUCUGCUGGGCUGGGACAUCGUCCCUCCAAAGCCCGAGAAGAGCUCAGCCCCCAGGAGCCUUGACCUCUGGUCCUCCAUCUCUGAGGCCCAGAGCCAGAAGCUGUCGGAUGCCAGCCUUUCCCGCCUGGCCUUACCAGGGCAGGCCCCGAGCUCCUCAUCGAUGUGGUCAGAGCCGCAGGUUCCACGGGCCCCACAGUAAAGCCCUGAGGACUGAGCACCGGGAUCGCAGUACCGCUGCCCACCUGGGGGUCCCGGGAGUGGGUACUUGGCGGGGGAAGGCUUUUGUGAUGUUUGUAAUAAAGUUUAGCUUCCA